GAAAUCCUAAGUAAUCGGCGGUGGUGGUGGCUGAGAAAGUAAACAGAGGCAAAAAUCCAUGGAGGGAGACGGUGAUAUGGAUUCCCUCUUCGAGGGGAUGGUGCUUUUCAACCCCAGCUCUGAAGAUCUCCCUCACUCUCAGUCUCUCUUCUCUGACCUAACCAUCGUCUCUCCAUCUCCAUCUCCAUCUUUAUCUGAAUCUAAAUCAUUCAAUCAAGUUCACAAUAAUAAUAAUAAUAAUCAUACUCCAAGUCCAACCUCCGUUUCCAAGAAGAAAAAGAGGCCUGCUUUGAGGAUCGGAUACGCCAGGGAUGCUACUGCUGCUGCUUCUUCUGACGAUAAUCCAGCUCUUCCCUCGCCACCACCUUCUAAUCAUCUUCCGCCUUCCGACGAUCAGCAGCAGCUUCCCUUUUCGACGCCUUCCGACGACGAUCAUCGUGAUCUUCCGUCUUCGCCGCCUUCCGAAGUACAUCAUCUUCCGUCUUCGCCGCCUUCGGACGAGCCAGCUUCCUCGUCCGUUGAUGUCGAUGUCGAUGUAGACCUUCGCCUGCUUCAAAUCAAGUCCCAGAUCUCAGACAAGCUCAACCUUGUUCGCCAAUUGGCCAAUUCUGUGUCCGCCGCCCGGAAGGAUGCCAUUGCCAGCAGAAGAAAAGCUGCCCAGAGUCUACACAGGGCUUCCAACGCUUACGUUGAGCUCGAAACCCGACUCGAUGAGGCCUGCAAAUCGGAGGAUUUCGAGACUGCGGAAACGCUUAGCCAGAGCCUCGCUGCUGCUGAAACCGAAAAACACUCUCUUGUGGCAGCACUUGCUGAUGCUGAGGCUCAAUGCGACGCCGUUGAAUCCAGGAUGAAGGAGGUUUUGGUCUCCCAGAUCGCUGCCGAGGAAGAAUGCGCUUCUCUGCUCCGCGAAUUUGCUCAGGAUACCUCAGACAAAGCAGAAUUGGCUAUCAACACAGCUGAACAAGUCUCCUCAAAGCAAUUGGAGGAAUGGCAGAGUUCGACCGAAUCCUUGGAGCUUAAAAAGAUGGAGUUAGAAAUCGAGUCGCACAUAGUAAACGAUGCUCGCACUAUGUUGACUAGUUCCAUUGAGAACUCAGUUGAGGAUGACCAGAAGGAAAAAGAGUCUCUUUGCAAGAAAAAGAGUGACCUUUUGGACGAACUGCAGGAGCUACUCGCUCUUGUCAAACAAAAGGAACAACAGAUAGCAGAAACCGAUUCUAGGAUCCAAGCAGUUGAGAGCAGGAUUGCCCAUGUCGUCUCUGGUUUUCAGGAGAUGCAUUCCGACAUCGACUCUAAAUUUGGUAACUUGCAGUCUUGCAUUUCGAAUCUAGAAUUAGAAAGCAAAGCCUUGUCUAAACAGAAGAGGGAAAUUGAUGAUUUCCUCAUGAGUGAACAAGAGAAAGGGACAAAGUUGAGGGACCUUGCAAACUCUUCCAUGGAGGAAGCUGAGGCAUACUGCCAAGUUGUUGGGCUUAGAAAGAAUCUCAUGACCUUCGUAUUGAAGUCUAGGGAAGAUAAGGAUAGGCUUGCAAAGACCGAGAAGAAGCUUUCUGAUGAUGUUCAAAUGCUCCAACAGGAGGUUUCGUCUUCAAGAUCUUCCCUACAGGAACUGUCUACAAGAAAAUCUAGCAUCCAGCAGGAUAUAGCAUCGUCCAAGCAGAAGAUGAUUUUCAUAGACAAAAGAGUCCCAGAGCUGGAAGUAGAAAAGAAGGUGGCUGCGACUGCAAGAAAUUUUAAAGAAGCAGCACGAAUAGCGGCUGAGGCGAAAUCGCUGACGGUUGAGAAGAAUGACAUUCAGAUUGAGAUGGAAAAAGGUGUGUUAGAGCUUGAGAAGCUUGAGAAAGAAAUUAAUGAGACUGUUGAGAAACUGCAGGAGACAGAGAUGGUCAUUUCAUCCAAGGAAAAAGAGGUAGCCAUGGCCAGAUUCCAGAGGCUGGUUUUGACAGCGGGUUAUGCUGAAGCAGAAAGAGCAGCUGCUUUGGAGUUUGGGGAUGUUGAAGAGGCUAAGCUACUCCUUGCAGAGAAAGAAGCUGCGGAUUCUGAAGCAAAAGAACUUGAGCCAAUAUAUAAUUUUAAGGUGGAGGAGUUAACAAAUAUACCAAAACACUUCAUCUCCAUGGAACUUAUAGCCAACCUUGGGAAGAAGCAAUUAGAGGAAUUGGCAGUAUCUAUUGAUAUUUCUCCAGAGAAUUGAAAAGCAUUGCUUUCCUUCCCGGACUAUUGUACUAUAUAUUUAUAUAUCUAUGCGAAGCUGCCGGAACUUCAAAACUGCAUUUGUUUUGAGCAACCAACCAGGUUUCGAUCCAAAUUCAAAAUCUUCUUAUUCAAUUAAACUUGGCUUGGCCCAGCUCUAGAGUUUUUCUUCCCCCACCCCACUUAAAACAAGGAAUGUGUAAAGUUUAUUCUCUCUGUAGAUUGCAUGUCUCUGCUUUCCAUGCCAAUGCAAUUCUGGGUUUAAUUUUGUUUGCACCAAUGAGUUUUUGAGGACUUGUAACCCAUCUUUCUUGUGUUGUGACCGCCAUUGUUUUUGUUGAGAUACCGUUCUUUUGAAACUGUUGUACACCUUUUAACGUCAAUUCAAGGAUUUUGGUUA